UACACUACCGGUUGCUUAGGAUGAGUCAGGAUUGCAUAAGAAACCCUAAACAAUCAUACUCUUAAACCCUUUUUGUGGCCUCUCUUUCGCAUCUAGCCUCUCACCACCAUUUCAUGUCCACAAAUUGGUCUGCAAAACCUUUUGUGUUUCAGAUCUCUUCAGCCUCACUUCAAAAUCAUGGCUCUGGUAUUGCAUUCAGGAUUGCCAAAUAAGAAUGCGUUUAAGGCACUUAUUGCUGCAGAAUAUAGUUGUGUGAAAGUUGAUGUUGUCAAAGAUUUUCAGAUGGGUGUUACGAACAAAUCCUCUGAAUUUCUUAAGAUGAACCCGAUUGGGAAGGUGCCGGUUCUGGAGACUCCUGACGGUCCUAUUUUUGAAAGUAAUGCAAUUGCCAGAUAUAUCACAAGGCUAACCGCUGAUAAUCCUCUCUUUGGCUCUUCUCCAAUUGAAUAUGCCCAUAUUGAGCAAUGGAUCGAUUUUGCUUCCCUUGAGAUUGAUGUGCAUAUUGGUCGCUGGCUGUAUCCAAGACUUGGCUAUGGACUAUAUCUUCCCCCAGCUGAAGAAGCUGCUAUUGCUUCUUUGAAGAGAUCUUUGGAAGCGUUGAGUACGCAUCUUGCUUCCAACACUUACCUUGUUGGCCACAGAGUUACAUUGGCCGAUAUUAUUAUGACAUGCAAUUUAUAUUAUGGAUUUAGUCGAAUCAUGACCAAGAGUUUUACUUCUGAGUUUCCUCAUGUUGAAAGAUAUGUUUGGACUAUGGUUAAUCAACCUAUUUUCAAAAAGGUCAUAGGUGAUGUAAAACAAGCUGAUUCUAUUCCGGCUGUGGCAAAGAAACCUGUUCAGCCAGCAAAGCCCAAGGCUAAGGAAGAGCCAAAGGAGGUCAAGAAAGAGGCACCAAAGCCUAAAGAAGAGGCAACUACACCACCAACACAAGCACAAGAAGAAGAGGCACCCAAACCAAAGGCAAAAAAUCCACUUGAUCUUCUUCCUCCUAGUAAGAUGAUUCUAGAUGAGUGGAAGAGGCUUUACUCUAACACCAAAACCAAUUUCCGUGAAGUGGCUAUUAAAGGAUUUUGGGAUAUGUAUGACCCAGAAGGGUACUCUCUAUGGUUCUGUGAUUAUAAGUACAAUGAAGAGAACACAGUUUCCUUUGUGACCAUGAACAAAGUAAGUGGGUUCUUACAGAGAAUGGAUCUUGCUCGUAAAUAUGCAUUUGGGAAGAUGCUAGUGAUUGGUGCAGAACCUCCAUUUAAGGUGAAGGGUUUGUGGCUCUUUCGUGGGCAAGAAAUUCCUCAAUUUGUGUUGGAUGAAUGCUAUGACAUGGAACUCUAUGAAUGGAGGAAAGUGGACCUCGGUGACGAGGCCCAAAAGGAGCGGGUGAGCCAAAUGAUUGAAGAUGCUGAACCUUUUGAGGGCGAACCUCUGCUCGAUGCCAAAUGUUUCAAGUGAUUUAUUGUUUUUAAAUGUUGCGGAGGUCAUGCAGUAUGGUGACUUGCUUGUUAGUACCUAUUAUAUGUUUAUUGUUGCUUCAUUUGACAUUUUCAUGUGUUUUAAUGAAUAUUUUUGGUAGUUUUUAUUUGGUUUUCUGGGUUCAGACAGUUUUGCGGGAUCAUGUAGAGGACAAUAAUUAUGAGCUUAUACUUGAAUAAAAUCUUUAAAUCAA